GCUCCUUUCACCUCUCUCCCCCUCUCCCUCUCGGGCUCUCUCCUAACAUCUUGAGCACGAUCGCAAGCUCUCACCCCCUCAGACACUCAUUCCCCACCACCGACAUACGUACAUGAAGCACCAGAGAGACGCCGGCGCCGUGCCGCUCUCCCUCGCGCUGUCCCUGGGCGGCGGCGGCGGCGGCGUGGCCCCCAAGCACGGCAUCAGCAAGAAGCCCCGGCGCGCGGCGGGCGGCGAGUUCGUCUGCAAGACGUGCAGCCGCGCCUUCGGGUCGUUCCAGGCGCUGGGCGGGCACCGCACCAGCCACCUGCGGGCCCGCCACGGCCUCGCGCUCGGCAUGCACGCCGCCGCGCCGGCGAAGGAGGAGGAUACCGCGACGAAGCCGGCAGCGGCGAAACCCGCGCCCGCGCCCGCGAGCCACCUGUGCCACGUCUGCGGCCUCGGCUUCGACAUGGGCCAGGCGCUCGGCGGACACAUGCGCCGCCACCGCGAGGAAGCGGCCGCCGCCGCCGCGCAGGCGCCGCCCGUCCUCCUCCAGCUCUUCGUGUAGAGUAAGCGGCCGCAGAGAGAGGCCAGGCCAUCGCCGGCCUUCGUACUCUAGAGUAGACUACCUACUGGCUACUAGCUAGUACAGUAGCAGAGCAAUUCUUUGCGUUUCUGUCGUCACUCGUCAGCCUGCACAUUGUUCUAGACUCACAGUACUAAUUUGUUGGCAUAUUGGCCAGUUGAUUCAUUCAUUCAUUUAAUUUAGUUGUACAUGUAAAUAACAGAUUAUUGUUUACUAAUCUACUACCUGUGACUUCGUUCGGUUU